UUUUUUUUUCACCCAGACCAGGAUUCGCGUUGACUUUGCAAACAAGAAGGUGCCCAAAGCCAAAGCACGGAGCGUUUGCUCAGUCCGGUUGUUGACGCUCGCACCUCUGAAUGGCUUAUGACGCACGUGCAAUUAUGUUUCAUUUAUCACGUGGUUGCUUUCCUCUUGCUGCUUUGCUCCACGGCUGAUGACAGGUGUUCGUGUUCUACGUCUCAGGUCUGUCGGAAAGAUCAGGAUCGAAAUCGUCGGAAUGGCGUCUCUCAUCGCUGCACAGCCUGAGCUCGUCAUGUCGGCGAAGACGCAGCUGCAACGACUUCGGCGGAUCAAGUUUGAUCGCUUUAUAGGUGUGCAUACCGUUUCUCGCGAAAGGUGGUCAUUUCUCAAGCACUCGGCGUUCACUGAUAUCGGACAAUCUCGGCAGGUAAUCACCCUGCCGAUCUCACUCGCGACAGCCUCGCACGCUUGAAACCUGCGCUCUACGAGGUGACGGAGAAGAAAGAUGGGCUGCGAGUGCUCCUUCUGCGUCUGUCGCGUGGGGAAGGGGA